AUGGCGCUGCGAGUAAGGGACGAUGACCCAGAUAAUGCAGAAGCAUGGAUUAGAUGCUUUUCAGCUUCCGCACGUUCAAAGAAAUUAAAAGAUGAGAUAAACGGUAGCUACGAGAUAACAGAUUUAUUUAUGGCAAAAGCAGGGAUUAAAGCAGUUAAAAAGAUUUCUCUUAUGGUAUAUCCAGAAGAAUUAGAAAAUAUGAUGUUCGAUGAUAUUAAAACUGUUGUUAUGUCCCAUUUGAGACCUCAAAAACGACUUAUUGCUGAAAGAGUUCGAUUUUUAGCAUCAAAACAGCAAAACAAUGAAAACAUCGUAUCAUAUGCACAAAGAUUACGCGAAGCUUCACGCUUUUGCAACUUCGACAAAUUGGGAAGAGAUGGCCAAAGUGCGGAAGAUGAUUUGAUUCAAAUGAGAUUGAUUGAUGGUCUCCAAUCUUCUGAUCAGAGAGUUAAAGCUCUAGAAAUGAUACAGAGUGGAGAAUCGCCUAAACUAGGAGCAUGUAUUGAUUUUAUCAGGCAACUGGAGCAAAUAUCCUGUUUUAGUAUACAAAACAACAUCAAAAACAGCAUAGACCUUCCUUCAGUUAGUUACAUUGAUAAAAAUAAAGAAAGAAUGAUUAAAUGCAAGUAUUGUGGCCUUCAACACCCACCUAGAAAAUGCCCAGCAUUUGGGAAGAGUUGUAAAAAAUGUGGAAAGCUGAACCACUUUAAAAACGUAUGCAAAGCAAACACUAAAUAUGAAAAAAUAGUAGAGGAAAUAGAGAAUGAUGAUGCUAGUGUGUAUUCCAUUAACAUGAAUGAUACAAACUCAGAGAUUAGUGUAAAAAUGAAUGAUUACAAUAUAAAAAUGCAAGUUGACACCGGAAGUCAAGUCACAAUUAUUCCAAAAAAUUUUUGGGAACUAAUGUCUAAAUGGAAAUUACAAAAAUGCUACCUUCGCCUGAAACAGUUUGAUGGCACAGUUAUAAAAGUCUUAGGCGAAUUUGAGGCAACUUUGGAAACCGAAUCAAAAAUGAAUAUCGUACGAAUUAUUGUUGCAGACUGUACAAAAAGUCAUGGUCUAAUUGGUAUGGAUGUAUUAAAUAUCAACGCCACAAAAUUAGUAAAUAGUAUAGAACCUCUUGUUCAUGGGCGUUUAUUUAAUUACAAAGCAAAUAUUCUGUUAAAAAACGGCGUACAACCAACUUAUUUUGAAUCUCGACCACUUCCUAUUCACAUAAGACCACUAGUGGUAGAUAAACUUAAUGGAAGGAUACAGCAAGGGUUGCUUCAAAGGGUUCCUACUGGUGGAAGCAGAUGGGCUUCACCGCUUGUGGUUGUUAGAAAAACAGACGGAGAUUUACGCAUUUGUGCGGAUUACAAAAUAGGUGUUAACCAAAAAAUAUGCUCAGACUCAUAUCCCAUCCCAAACAUUGAGACCGUAUUUCAUAAAAUGGCAGGGAUGAAAUAUUUUGCUAAAAUUGAUCUCAAGGGAGCUUAUCAUCAAAUUGAGAUGGACAAAGAGGCACAAGAAAUAACAACAGUUAAUACCCCUAUUGGAUUAUUAAGAUGGACCUGUUUACCUUUCGGAAUUAAGACUGCAAGUGCGAUAUUUCAAAGAGCGAUAGAAUCUGUUGUUGGCAAUAUUAUUCCCAAUAUGAUUAUAUUUCAAGACGAUAUAUGUGUCGGUUCUAAAAAUGCUGAAGAACUCAAAUCGAAUUUAAAUAAAAUAUUGAGCAAGUUGAAGGAAUCGGGAAUGAGCAUAAAUAAACGAAAGUCAGUGAAUGAAACAAAAAGUCUUUCAUUUUUAGGAUAUGAACUGUCAGAAAAAGGAGUUACCCCAUAUCGUAAUUUAGUCAGCAAAAUACUUGGAAUAAGUCCUCCUAAUAAUAAAAAGGAACUCGAUUCAUUUAUAGGAUUAAUAAACUUUUAUGGUCGACACAUUGAUAAAUAUGCUGAAAAAAUUUUACCUUUAAACAAUUUAAGAAAGAAAGGAGUUACAUUCGAAUGGAGGAAGGAGCAUCAACAGGCAUUUGAAUUGCUAAAAAGAAACCUUUGUGAAGAACCCGUAGUAAAGGUUUAUGACAUCAACCAAGAUCUAGAGUUAACAACAGAUGCUAGCGAGAAAGCUAUAUCUGGAAUACUUUCACAGAAUGGCCAUCCGGUAUUAUAUCUCUCACGAACUUUAUCAGACGCUGAGACAAGAUAUUCUAAUAUUGAGAGAGAAGCUUUAGCCAUUGUAUGGUCUGCUCACAGAGCUAGGCAUUUUCUGUUGGGUAGAAAAUUCAAAUUAAUAUCAGAUCACAGGCCAUUAGAAUUUAUAUUUGAUAGUAAUAAAGAAUUGCCCAAAGUCACAUCCGCUAGAAUUUUAAGAUGGGCCAUACAAAUGAUGGCAUUUGACUACGAAAUAAGCUACAAGAAGGGAGAAAACAUUCCUCAUGCUGACGCAUUAUCGAGAUUGUCCUUUCUACCACAAGAUGAAGAGAAAGACCAAGAAACAUUUAUACACUUAGUCGAGUCAGAUAUAGUGAACCUUGAGCAAAUAAUAAAAGAAACAGAAAAUGAUAGGGAAAGUAAUGGUGACCUUAUUGUACCUCCUAAGACAAUGAGAAAGAUCUUCAUCAAAUCGAUCCAUGAUGAUAUACAUUGUGACAUAAUGCAAACGCGAUGUAGAUUAAAAUUAGAAGCCUGGUGGCCUGGCUACUGUCAAGAUGUUGAAGAAUAUGUGAAAAACUGUGAAAAAUGUGCCGAAAUAAAAGUGAAGAAGGAAAGGACAUUACAUGCAUGGCCAAGUGAAAAUAAACCUUGGUGUAGAGUACAUAUGGAUAAUGCACAUGUACAGGGUAUCGGACUAAAUGGAGUUCCAGAGGUUUUAGUAUCCGACAAUGCUGCGGAAUUUCAUGAUACCACCUUACACCAGUGGCUAAAGAAAAUAGGUUGCGUACCUUAUAAGACUCCACCUUACCAUCCUCAAUCUAACGGAGCAGCUGAAAGAAUGGUAGAGACAGUUAAGAUGGGUUUAAGAGCUUAUUCACCGGACAAAGGUUUAUUAUGUGGAUAUUUAAGCAGAAUGCUUUUAAGUUACAGAACAAUACCUCAUGCAGGAAGAUCAAGGAGUCCUUCCGAGAUGAUGGGAAGGCAGUUGAGAUCCCCUCUCACCAUGAGUUUCGAAAGUGGAACACCUUUAUGGAAUAACUCUUCGGGUACGUUAGCACACUGUGACCAAAUAAACAAAUGCCUAAAUGAGCCUAGUAUACUUAUGAAUAAUGAAGACAGUAUGCGGCAUGAUCAUACCAAUAAUGAAAAAAUCGAUCCAUGCAAUAGUGAUAAAUCUGAUAUGUCCGAACUACGUGUUACUAAAGAAGAACCUAACCAGAAUCAAAGAAGUACUUGGUCGACAAAGGGGCAAAAGCCAAUACGUUUCAGGGAUGUGAAGCCGUGA